GCGAAUCGACCUUUCCUUUCCAAGUUCGCUUUGGAGCAAGUUGCGUGCAUUUGCGCUCGUGUUAAAUUUUACUGAAAAUGUCAGAAACUUUGCAAUUACGCGGUACCCUUUUGGGACACAAUGGAUGGGUCACCCAAAUCGCUACAAAUCCAAAAGAUCCCGAUACUAUUUUGUCAUCGUCUCGAGACAAGACAUUGAUUGUCUGGAAAUUGACCCGUGAUGACGAGUCCAACUACGGAUUCCCCCAGAAGCGUCUCUACGGUCACUCGCACUUCAUCAGUGACGUCGUCCUGUCAUCCGACGGAAACUACGCCUUGUCUGGCUCCUGGGACAAGACCCUGCGACUUUGGGAUUUGGCUGCCGGAAAGACCGCUCGUCGGUUCGAAGACCAUACCAAGGACGUCCUCUCCGUCGCUUUCUCCGCUGACAACCGUCAAAUCGUGUCCGGUUCCCGGGACAAGACCAUUAAAUUGUGGAAUACUUUGGCCGAGUGCAAGUACACAAUCCAAGAUGAAGGACACACUGACUGGGUCUCGUGCGUCCGCUUCUCGCCAAACCACUCGAACCCGAUCAUCGUUUCAUGUGGCUGGGAUCGCACCGUCAAGGUCUGGAAUUUGGCCAACUGCAAGCUAAAGAACAACCACCACGGCCACAGUGGCUACUUGAAUACCGUCACCGUCUCGCCCGACGGCUCCCUCUGCACCUCCGGAGGCAAGGACCACAAGGCCCUUCUCUGGGACUUGAAUGACGGCAAGAACUUGUACACUUUGGACCACAACGACAUCAUCAACGCUUUGUGCUUCUCGCCAAACCGUUACUGGUUGUGUGUCGCCUACGGACCUUCCAUUAAGAUUUGGGAUUUGGCUUGCAAGAAGACCGUCGAAGAACUCCGCCCAGAGGUCGUAUCGUCCACCUCCAAGGCCGACCCACCACAGUGUCUCUCCUUGGCCUGGUCCACAGACGGACAAACCCUCUUCGCUGGUUACUCCGACAACACAAUCCGUGUCUGGCAAGUUUCGGUCUCUGCACGCUAAACGAGUGCUUAGAGCCCUGUUUUUGCUCUAUUCCAUGUUUGCGUUUUGUUUAUCAUAUAAACAAAAUAAAUUCUUAUAAAAAUGUA